GCACUGAAGAGGGACCUUCUUAUCCAACUGGAGCCGAAUCUUUACAACAUUUUGAAUGUUUGUCUGGCAUCUUCCUCCAUGGACACUCAAAUGGACAUAAUGGAAACUGGAAACUAUGGUAUGCCUAGGCAUCUGACAACCACCCACAUGCUGCAGGUUCCGACCAUAUCACACACUUUUGAUUAUAGUAGCAGUUACCUUAGCUAUGGAUCAUUUAAUUGUCAUCAUGCAGAUAUAAACCUGUAUCCUAGUGCAACUAAAAACAGAGUUUUGAUGAACGAUGAAAGAGGUGAGAUAGUGUUACAUUUCAUUAUUUCACAACACAGACUGUAUGCUGAGGCCACAAAGUAUUGAACUGUAGUGCUACAUUGUUACAAAUUAUUAGGCCUAUUUCUCAGGCUUUCCGUUUUUUCUCUCUCUCUUUGCUUACUUUCGACUACUUAAUCAAGUUUUUAUUUUUUAUUUUAUUUUAUCUCAGGGUCUCAGCCUCUGUGCAUUUAUUUGGACCAAGAUGGAAACCAAAGAAACCGGAGCAGAAUGCGCACGGUGUUCACGGACAGCCAGACCAAACAACUGGAACAGCUGUUAGAACAAACAGAUUACCCCGGCGUGGAGGUACGGGCGGAACUAGCCAGGAACGCGGGCCUCACGGAGGAAACCGUUAGGGUAAGAGAAUGAUACGUUUGCUUUUAACUUUGAAGUUGUUUAGAAAAGUGGUUGUGAAACUGUGUAAGUUACACGUAAUUUUCUGGACUUUACAUAAUUUUUUAUAUUUCUCUAGGUAUGGUUCAAAAACCGUCGUGCGCGCCGAAAGAGGCAGAAGAGCGGCACCAAGGCCAAAUCCCCAGACUUGACUACGUCGAAAAGAGACCAA